GGGGCGGAGCCAGCGCCGGCCGGUCCCGGACGCCCGAGACCCGCCCCCGCGGCGAUGCUGAGCAGCGCAGCGGGCGGCGGGGCCCGGCUGGGCGCGCAGAGCAGACAGCCGCGGCGCUGAGGCAGCCAGAGCGAGGCCCGCCAUGGGCUUCCUGCACCAGCUACAGCUGCUGCUCUGGAAGAACGUGACGCUGAAGCGCCGGAGCCCGUGGGUCUUGGCCUUCGAGAUCUUCAUCCCGCUGGUGCUCUUCUUCAUCCUGCUGGGGCUGCGGCAGAAGAAGCCUACCAUCUCUGUGAAGGAAGUCUCCUUCUACACAGCAGCACCCCUGACAUCCGCCGGCAUCCUGCCCGUCAUGCAGUCCUUGUGCCCAGACGGCCAGCGAGAUGAGUUCGGCUUUCUGCAGUACGCCAACUCCACGGUCACUCAGCUGCUGGAGCGCCUGGACCGCGUAGUGGAGGAGGGCAAUCUGUUCGACCCAGCCCGGCCCAGCCUGGGCUCAGAGCUUGAGGCCUUGCGCCAGCAUCUGGAGGCCCUCAGCGCCAGCCCGAGUGCCUGGGGGCACCACUUGGACAGCCCUGCAGCGUCCUCCUUCUCUCUGGACUCGGUUGCCAGGGACCCAGGGGAGCUCUGGCGCUUCCUGGUACAGAACCUGUCGCUGCCCAACAGCACAGCCCAGACCCUCUUGGCUGCCCGUGUGGACCCACCGGAGGUCUAUCGCCUGCUCUUUGGCCCUUCUCAGGCCCUGGGUUAUGAGUCAGGCCUCUCUAGGGGCCAGGAGCCCCGGAGCCACCUGCGUAGCCAUCCCCUAUUCCAGAUGGAGGAGCUGCUGUUGGCCCCUGCCCUCCUGGAGCAACUCACCUGUGCACCCGGCUCCAGGGAGCUAGGCCGGAUCCUCACAGUGCCUGAGGGUCAGAAGUCAGCCCUGCAGGGCUAUCACGGUGCUGUGUGCAGUGGGGAGGCUGUAGCUCGUGCCAGGCGCUUCUCUGGGCUGGCUGCUGAGCUCCGGAACCAGCUGGAUAUGGCCAAAAUUGCCCAGCAGCUGGGCCUGGAUGCCCCCAACGGCUCGCAGGCCCCGCCCCCACGCAGCCUGCAGGCUCUCCUGGAGGACCUGCUGAACGCCCAGAAGGUUCUGCAGGAUGUGGACGUCUUGUCAGCCCUGGCUCUGCUGCUGCCUCAGGGGGCCUGCACUGGCCGGGUCCCUGGGGCCCCAGCCAGCAGCCCAGGAGGGGUGGCCAAUGGGACUGGGGCGGGGACAGGCACGGGCACCAAUGCCACAGCGGAGGAGGGCUCCCCAUCUGCUGCAGCUUCAGCCUCCCUGGACACGCUGCAGGGCCAGUGCUCGGCCUUUGUGCAGCUCUGGGCAGGCCUGCAGCCCAUCCUGUGUGGCAACAACCGUACCAUAGAGCCCGAGGCACUGCGGCGUGGCAACAUGAGCUCCCUGGGCUUCACCAGCAAGGAGCAGCGGAACCUGGGCCUCCUGGUGCACCUCAUGACCAGCAACCCAAAGAUCUUGUAUGCGCCAGCGGGCUCUGAAGCUGACAAGGUCAUCCUCAAGGCCAAUGAGACCUUUGCCUUCGUGGGCAACGUGACUCACUAUGCCCAGGUUUGGCUCAACAUCUCAGCAGAGAUCCGCAGCUUCCUAGAGCAGGGCAGGCUGCAGCAGCACCUGCAUUGGCUGCAGCAGUAUGUGGCAGAGCUGCGGCUGCACCCUGAAGCACUGAACCUGUCAUUGGACGAGCUGCCGCCAGCCUUACGCCAGGACAACUUCUCACUGCCCAAUGGCUCUGCUCUCCUGCAGCAGCUGGACACUAUUGACAAUGCGGCCUGUGGCUGGAUCCAGUUCAUGUCCAAGGUGAGCGUGGACAUCUUCAAGGGCUUUCCUGAUGAGGAGAGCAUUGUCAACUACACACUUAAUCAGGCCUACCAGGAUAAUGUCACUGUGUUUGCCAGUGUGAUCUUCCAGACUCGGAAGGAUGGCUCCCUUCCACCCCAUGUCCACUACAAGAUCCGACAGAACUCCAGCUUCACUGAGAAAACCAAUGAAAUUCGUAGGGCCUACUGGCGGCCAGGGCCCAACACUGGUGGCCGUUUCUACUUCCUCUAUGGCUUUGUCUGGAUCCAGGACAUGAUGGAGCGUGCCAUCAUCAACACCUUUGUGGGGCACGAUGUGGUGGAGCCUGGCAGCUAUGUGCAGAUGUUCCCUUACCCCUGCUACACACGGGACGACUUCCUGUUUGUCAUUGAGCACAUGAUGCCACUCUGCAUGGUGAUCUCCUGGGUCUACUCUGUGGCCAUGACCAUCCAGCACAUCGUGGCAGAGAAGGAGCACCGGCUCAAGGAGGUGAUGAAGACCAUGGGGCUGAACAACGCCGUGCACUGGGUGGCCUGGUUCAUAACAGGCUUUGUGCAGCUGUCCAUCUCUGUGUCAGCACUCACCGCCAUCCUCAAGUACGGCCAGGUCCUCAUGCACAGCCAUGUGCUCAUCAUCUGGCUCUUCUUAGCCGUCUAUGCUGUGGCCACCAUCAUGUUCUGCUUCCUCGUGUCCGUGCUGUACUCUAAGGCCAAGUUGGCCUCAGCCUGUGGUGGCAUCAUCUACUUCCUGAGCUACGUGCCCUACAUGUAUGUGGCAAUCCGUGAGGAAGUGGCCCACGAUAAGAUCACUGCCUUCGAGAAGUGCAUUGCGUCCCUGAUGUCCACAACAGCCUUUGGCCUGGGCUCCAAGUACUUCGCCUUGUAUGAGGUGGCAGGUGUGGGUAUCCAGUGGCACACGUUCAGCCAGUCCCCCGUGGAAGGGGAUGAUUUCAACCUGCUCCUUGCUGUCACCAUGCUGAUGGUGGAUGCUGUUGUCUACGGAGUACUCACGUGGUACAUUGAGGCUGUGCACCCAGGUAUGUAUGGGCUUCCCCGGCCCUGGUACUUCCCACUGCAGAAGUCUUACUGGCUGGGCAGUGGGCGGACAGAAGCGUGGGAGUGGAGCUGGCCAUGGGCACGUGCCCCCCAUCUCAGCAUUGUGGAGGAAGAUCAGGCCUGUGCUAUGGAGAACCGGCGCCUUGAGGAGACCCGUGGCAUGGAGGAGGAACCCACACACCUGCCCCUGGUUGUGUGUGUGGACAAGCUCACCAAGGUCUACAAGGAUGACAAGAAGCUGGCCUUGAAUAAGCUGAGCCUAAACCUCUACGAGAACCAGGUGGUCUCCUUUCUGGGCCACAAUGGGGCCGGCAAGACCACCACCAUGUCCAUCCUGACUGGCCUAUUCCCUCCAACGUCGGGUUCGGCCACCAUCUAUGGGCAUGACAUCCGCACAGAGAUGGAUGAGAUCCGCAAGAACCUGGGCAUGUGCCCCCAGCACAACGUGCUGUUCGACCGGCUCACGGUGGAGGAGCAUCUCUGGUUCUACUCCAGGCUCAAGAGCAGGGCUCAGGAGGAGAUCCGCAAGGAGACUGACAAGAUGAUCGAGGACCUGGAGCUCUCCAACAAGCGGCAUUCGCUGGUGCAGACAUUGUCAGGAGGCAUGAAGCGGAAGCUGUCUGUGGCCAUUGCCUUUGUAGGCGGCUCCCGCGCCAUCAUCCUGGAUGAGCCCACUGCCGGUGUGGACCCCUAUGCUCGCCGUGCCAUCUGGGACCUCAUCCUGAAAUACAAGCCAGGCCGUACCAUCCUCCUGUCCACCCACCACAUGGACGAGGCUGACCUUUUGGGAGACCGCAUCGCCAUCAUCUCUCACGGGAAGCUCAAGUGCUGUGGCUCUCCACUCUUCCUCAAAGGCGCCUAUGGAGAUGGCUACCGCCUCACACUGGUCAAGCGGCCUGCUGAGCCCUGGGGACCCCAAGAGCCAGGGCUGGCCUCCAGCCCCCCAGGCCGGACCCAGCUGAGCAGCUGCUCUGAGCCACAGGUGUCACAGUUCAUCCGCAAGCAUGUGGCCUCCUGCCUGCUGGUCUCAGACACAAGCACGGAGCUCUCCUAUAUCCUGCCUAGCGAGGCUGCCCGAAAGGGGGCCUUCGAGCGCCUUUUCCAGCACCUGGAGCACAGCCUGGACGCUUUGCACCUAAGCAGCUUUGGACUGAUGGACACAACACUGGAAGAGGUGUUCCUCAAGGUGUCAGAGGAGGACCAGUCACUGGAGAACAGUGAGGCUGAUGUGAAGGAGUCCAGGAAGGACGUACUGCCUGGGGUGGAGUGCCCGGCGUCUGGGGAGGCUCACCCCGGCAACCUGGCCCGGUGCUCAGAGCUGGCUCAGUCGCAGGCAUCACUGCAGUCGGCGUCCUCAGUGGGCUCUGCCCGUGGGGAUGAGGGAGUCGGCUACACCGAUGUCUACGGCGACUACCGCCCACUCUUUGACAACCCACAGGACCCGGACAACGUCAGCUUGCAAGAGGCCGAGGCGGAGGCCCUCUCCCAGGUCGGCCAGGGCAGCUGCAGGCUGGAGGGCUGGUGGCUGACUGCGCGCCAGUUCCAUGGGCUGCUGGUCAAGCGCUUCCAUUGUGCCCGCCGCAACUCCAAGGCGCUGUUCUCCCAGAUCCUCCUGCCGGCCUUCUUUGUCUGUGUGGCCAUGACUGUGGCCUUGUCUGUCCCUGAGAUCGGUGACCUGCCCCCACUGGUACUGUCACCUUCCCAGUACCACAAUUACACCCAGCCCCGUGGCAACUUUAUCCCCUAUGCCAACGAGGAGCGCCGGGAGGACCGACUGUGGCUAUCGCCUGAUGCCAGCCCCCAGCAGCUCGUGAGCACGUUCCGGCUGCCAUCAGGUGUGGGUGCCACUUGUGUGCUCAAGUCCCCCGCCAAUGGCUCACUGGGGCCCACGCUGAACCUGAGCAGUGGGGAGUCCCGCCUACUGGCUGCGCGGUUCUUCGAUAGUAUGUGCCUGGAGUCCUUCACGCAGGGGCUGCCACUGUCCAACUUUGUGCCGCCCCCACCCUCGCCUGCCCCGUCUGACUCCCCCAUGUCCCCAGAUGAAGACACGCUGCAGGCCUGGAAUACCUCCCUGCCACCCACCUCUGGGCCAGAGCUGUGGACUUCAGCACCCUUGCUGCCACGCCUGGUGCGGGAGCCCGUCCGCUGCACCUGUUCUGCACAGGGCACCGGCUUCUCCUGCCCCAGCAGCGUGGGCGGGCACCCACCCCAGAUGCGGGUGGUCACAGGAGACAUCCUGACUGACGUCACCGGCCACAACGUCUCUGAGUACCUGCUCUUCACCUCAGACCGUUUCAGGCUGCACCGGUAUGGUGCUAUUACCUUUGGCAAUGUCCAGAAGUCCAUCCCGGCUUCAUUUGGUGCCAAGGCCCCGCCCAUGGUGAGGAAGAUUGCCGUGCGUAGGGCAGCCCAGGUUUUCUAUAACAACAAGGGCUACCACAGCAUGCCUACCUACCUUAACAGUCUCAACAACGCCAUCCUGCGUGCCAACCUGCCCAAGAGCAAGGGCAACCCGGCAGCCUAUGGCAUCACUGUCACCAACCACCCCAUGAACAAGACCAGCGCCAGCCUCUCCCUGGAUUACCUGCUGCAGGGCACAGAUGUGGUCAUCGCUAUCUUCAUCAUUGUGGCCAUGUCAUUUGUGCCAGCCAGCUUCGUGGUCUUCCUAGUGGCUGAGAAGUCCACCAAGGCCAAGCACCUGCAGUUUGUCAGCGGCUGCAACCCCAUUAUCUACUGGCUGGCCAACUACGUGUGGGAUAUGCUCAACUACCUGGUCCCAGCCACCUGCUGCGUCAUCAUCCUGUUUGUGUUUGACCUGCCGGCCUACACGUCACCCACCAACUUCCCUGCUGUCCUCUCCCUCUUUCUGCUCUAUGGGUGGUCCAUCACCCCCAUCAUGUACCCGGCCUCCUUCUGGUUUGAGGUGCCCAGCUCUGCCUAUGUCUUCCUCAUUGUCAUCAACCUCUUCAUUGGCAUCACAGCCACCGUGGCCACCUUCUUGCUGCAGCUCUUCGAGCACGACAAGGACCUGAAAGUUGUCAAUAGUUACCUGAAAAGCUGCUUCCUGGUCUUCCCCAACUAUAACUUGGGCCAUGGGCUCAUGGAGAUGGCCUACAACGAGUACAUCAACGAAUACCAUGCCAAGAUCGGCCAGUUUGACAAGAUGAAGUCUCCAUUCGAGUGGGACAUUGUCACACGUGGGCUGGUGGCCAUGACGGUUGAGGGCUUUGUGGGCUUCCUCCUCACCAUCAUGUGCCAGUACAACUUCCUGCGGCAGCCACAGCGCAUGCCCGUGUCCACCAAGCCUGUGGAGGACGAUGUGGAUGUGGCCAAUGAGCGACAGCGGGUGCUUCGGGGGGACGCUGACAAUGAUAUGGUCAAGAUUGAAAACCUGACCAAGGUCUACAAGUCCCGGAAGAUCGGCCGCAUCCUGGCUGUGGAUCGCCUAUGCCUGGGUGUUCGUCCUGGUGAGUGCUUUGGUCUCUUGGGUGUGAAUGGCGCGGGCAAGACCAGCACCUUCAAGAUGCUGACUGGCGACGAGAGUACGACAGGGGGCGAGGCCUUCGUGAACGGGCACAGUGUGCUCAAGGAGCUGCUCCAGGUGCAGCAGAGCCUCGGCUACUGCCCGCAGUUUGAUGCCCUGUUUGAUGAGCUUACAGCGCGGGAGCACCUACAGCUGUACACGCGGCUGCGUGGCAUCCCCUGGAAGGAUGAGGCCCGGGUGGUGAAGUGGGCUCUGGAAAAGCUGGAGCUGACCAAGUAUGCAGAUAAGCCGGCUGGCACCUACAGUGGUGGUAACAAGCGGAAGCUGUCAACAGCCAUUGCCCUCAUUGGGUACCCAGCCUUCAUCUUCCUGGAUGAGCCCACCACAGGCAUGGACCCCAAGGCCCGGCGCUUUCUCUGGAACCUCAUUCUCGACCUCAUCAAGACAGGGCGCUCGGUGGUGCUCACAUCACAUAGCAUGGAGGAGUGCGAGGCACUGUGCACGCGCCUGGCCAUCAUGGUGAAUGGGCGCCUGCGCUGUCUGGGCAGCAUCCAGCACCUAAAGAACCGGUUUGGAGACGGCUACAUGAUCACGGUGAGGACCAAGAGUAGCCAGAGUGUGAAGGACGUGGUGCGGUUCUUUAACCGGAACUUCCCAGAGGCUGUGCUCAAGGAGCGGCAUCACACGAAAGUACAGUACCAGCUCAAAUCAGAGCACAUCUCACUGGCCCAGGUGUUCAGCAAGAUGGAGCAGGUGACGGGUGUGCUGGGUAUUGAGGACUACUCAGUUAGCCAGACCACCCUGGACAAUGUGUUUGUGAACUUUGCCAAGAAGCAGAGCGACAACCUGGAGCAGCAGGAGACGGAGCCCCCUUCUGCACUGCAGUCCCCUCUCAGCCGUCUGCUCAGCCUGCUCCGGCCCCGCCCCACCCCCACAGAGCUCCGGGCCCUCGUGGCAGAUGAGCCUGAGGACCUGGACACAGAGGACGAGGGACUCAUCAGCUUCGAGGAGGAGCGGGCCCAGCUCUCCUUCAACACGGACACUCUCUGCUGACCACUAUGAUUGGGUCAAGGACUCAUCUGUGGGGACAGAAGUUGGGCAGAGGCCAAGGCCCUACCGCAGCCCUGGUGUGUUGUGGGAGGUUCAGGACUAAGAGGCCUGCCCCUCCUCCCACCUGCCACCCUCCUUGGCCUUGCUCCAUGGUCUCUGCAGCCAUCCUCCCCCAACUGUGCCAAAGGCUGGCCCCGCCCUGGGCUGUGCACACCCCUCACCCUGCUUUGCCUUAAAGUCUUGGGGACUGACCCGGUAUCUGCCCCUGCCCAGCUCUACCCCCCCAUCCCAUGACACGGCAGUACCAGGCUCUGCCUGGCCCCCCGCAGCAGCGCCCAGCCUGGCCAGCCUGGCCCUCCCAGCUGGCUCCUCCCAGUGACACUGAAGUGCUGCCUCCGGGCCUGGGGCUAUGGGGGCAGGGGCUGUGUCUGUCCCACCCCAGUCUGGGCCCCUCCUAUUUAUUUUGCUUUGAGAAAAGGCUCCCCUCACCCUGCUUUCCUGUGGGAAAGUAGUCAUCCACGGGAAGCUAUCGGCUUGGUUGGAGAGGGGCUGCCUCAGGCUGGUCAGUGGGUGACAGGAAGGGAGAAGCUGGCCUUGCUGUCCACGCAAGGGGCCAGACCCCCCCCCAUGUCCCACCCAGCUUGGGCCCCACCCACCCUCCUGGGAGCCAGACUUGUACAUAGCGCACAGAUGUUUGUUUUAAAUAAAUA